AUGGAGGACGCCGGGCAGGAUGGGGCAACUCGUGACACCGGCAAAGGGACGCUGGCGGGACCAAGAAUGGGGAGGGCACAAAAGGUCAGGAUGCUUGCUGGAACUGCGGCCGCCACCGCGGCGAGGGUUAAGAAGCCAGAGGUUCUCUCGCAGAGCAUCUCCUUCCCCACGCAGGGUGCAGCUGCUGUGCGGACCUACCCAGACCAUGAAUAG